UCGAGGGUUCGAAUCCCUCCGGCGCCUUUCCUUUUCUCUUUUACUCUUUUUCCGUUUAUCUUGGAAUACUUUGAAUUUGCACGAACGAAGAGAAAGGGAAGGAGAUACUAAUCGGAUCGGAUCGGAUCGGAACGGAGCAAGGAUCGUUUCCUUUUUGCGAGAUCCGCGAAAGGUCAAGUUAUUAGCGUGAUCGAUAUAGAAGCGUUGCUCUAUGGUAACGGCGGCGAUAUACCGAAAAUGUUGGUGCAGCUGAAACGUAUAGUGGUCGCGGCGAGUUAGGCUAGUUCCUUUAUUGAGAUAUCAGAUCAGGUCCGAUAUGGGAAAUACGGAGAGUAACGUGGUCAGUGGAGUAAAAAAGCAGACGGAUGCUUCGUCUAUCGUGCUGUACAAGCUGGUCGACUUGAAAGGAGGUGGCUUACUCGUGGACAUGAUGAAACGGGCAACGCAAACGAAACAAUACGCCGAGCUGGAUCACGCGCUGCGCACCAAGGUGGAGCCGUAUUUGUACAACAAAGGCAAAGGGAAAUGGAUUCCGAUCGAAAAGUUGGUUCUGCUGCGGAACAAAGAUCGUCCGAAGCAUAAAAUGCUUCCGCCCUUGAGGGCCAUGGAGAAUCCGGGCGAUUACGACAUAGACAAGGACAUGGCUGGCACGGAGGACGUCGACGAGGCGAAGAUAGACAAAGAAAAGUACAGAAUGGUCUGUUGGAGUUUGAGUCAAAGAGGCGCGGUCGGAGAAACGAUUUUACACUUGUGCAUGUUACACGCGACUGCUAUUCACAUCGACUUGGCGAAACGCUUGCUACGCUUUUAUCCGAAGCUUAUCAACGAUGUCUACAUGAGCGACGAGUAUUACGGCGAAAGCGCGCUGCACAUCGCGAUAGUCAACGAAGAUCCGGCUUUGGUGAAAUUGCUCCUCGAUAGCGGGGCGGACGUGCACGAAAGAUGUUUCGGGAAUUUCAUGUCCCCGGAAGAUCAGAAAACCUCGCGAUCCGACAGUUUGGAGCACGAAUGGGUGUGCGUCACGCCGGAGACCAAUUACAGCGGGUACGUCUACUGGGGCGAGUAUCCUUUGAGUUUCGCCGCGUGUUUGGGUCAGGAGGAAUGUUACAGAUUGGUUCUGGCGAGAGGCGCAAACCCGGACAAACAAGACACUAACGGUAACACGGUGCUACACAUGUUGGUUAUCUACGAAAAGCUGGGCACGUUCGAUAUGGCCUACGAAAUGGGAGCGUCACUGUCGAUCAAAAACGCCCAACAUCUAACGCCGUUGACACUGUCGGCGAAAUUGGCCAGGAUCGAAAUGUUCUUCCACAUUCUGAACAUCGAAAGAGAAAUCUAUUGGCAAAUAGGAAGCAUUACCUGCGCGGCGUAUCCUCUCUCGCAAGUGGACACCAUCGAUGUUACCACGGGCACCAUCAGUCAUAACUCUGCCCUGAAUCUCGUCGUCUUUGGCGAAAAGGACGAACAUUUGGAACUGAUGGAUGGCAUUUUGAUCGAUCUGUUAAACGCAAAAUGGAAUACCUUUGUUAAAUCCCGAUUUUACCGUCAGUUUUUUCUCUUUUGUUUCUACUUCGUGCUAUCGUUGAUUAGUUUCACCCUCCGGCCAGGACCUUCGACGAGCUCGUCCGACGGGGUGACGGCUGUCGGUGAAACCACCGAUUCGUACGGGUCGGUCGGACUCGCCGCGACAACGACGUCGCCCGUUUCUACCCGGUUCGCGAGCCCCGCGGCUGAAACCUCGGCGAACCAUCGAACCUUCGAAGCGGAUCUUUCCGAGAUCCUCGAGAAACUUGUAGCCACGAGCUUGAACGCGACUCGUGAAUCCUCUCCGAACGCGACGCAGUCCUUACUCGAUAAACUGAAAUUCGACGUAAUCUCCGAAGUAAGAUCCGCGUUGAAAAGCGUUUUAUCCGCGGAUCGAAACGGAGACGACCGCGUUCUCGAGUCCGCGACUCUUGGAACGAUCGAAAGCGUCCAUCGAAAGAACGGAACGACGGAAUUCGUUAGAAGCACGACCGACGAAAGCUCCUUCGAGAGGACAACAUCGCUGCCUAAUAUCGUUCCGUUGCUCGGCGCUGGCAACGACAGCGACAGCGACAGCGACAGCGAUGACAAUUGGUGGAGCAACGUGAAUCAAGAGUGCAGACUGAUGGAACUGACGAGCUUAUCGGGAAAGAUACGAAUAAUCGCUGAGCUGCUGAUGGAAAUCGCGGCUACUCUUUACAUUCUCGCCGCGCUGAGGGAAGCCAGAUUCCUAGGACUCGGCAUGUUUGUCGAAAAUCUGAUGACUGCACCGUCGCGAGUAAUGUUCCUCUUCUCCUGUUGCAUAUUGUUAACCUUUCCAUUGCUGAGACUGAACUGCGCCGAUCGGGUCGAGGAUAUGCUAGCGGUUGUCGUCAUGCUGACCACUGCACCGUACUUUUUGUUCUUCUGCAGAGGGUUCAAGACAGUCGGCCCUUUCGUCGUGAUGAUCUACAGAAUGAUCAUGGGCGACCUGCUACGUUUCGUUUCCAUUUAUUUGGUUUUCGUGAUGGGAUUUUCCCAAGCGUACUACAUCAUAUUUCUGUCUUUCGACAAUCCAAAUACGCCGGAAGGCGUAGACGAUUCGAUAAACAAUCCCAUGCCGUCCCCGAUGGAGAGCAUAAUGGCGAUGUUUCUGAUGAGCUUGACCAACUUUGGAGAUUACUACAGCGCAUUCGAGAGAACGCAACACGAGAUGGAAGCCAAGUUUCUGUUUGUCCUUUACAUGGCGAUCGUGGCAAUUCUACUCGUAAACAUGUUGAUCGCUAUGAUGGGAAACACGUACCAAAAAAUCGCGGAAACUAGGAACGAAUGGCAAAGACAAUGGGCGCGUAUAGUUCUGGUGGUCGAGCGAGGUGUGAGUCCGGAGGAAAGGCUGAAAAAGUUAAUGGAUUAUUCCCAGCCAAUGUCGGAUGGUCGCAAAGCGCUGGUCCUUCGUCUGAAUCAAUCGGAAGAGGAUAAGGAAGAGAUGAAAGAAAUCUUGGAAAUGAAGAGGACUCACGACCGACUGUACAAGAAAAUGCAGGAUAAGAUGGCAAAGAAGAAGACUUCGGUGCAACCCGAAGGGAACGCUGCGAUAUAAACGAUCGAUCUCGUUGGAUCUAAUGAAUAAAUCGUCUCUACUGGUUUAUCUCCGUAAUUCUUUUCCUCCGACGAAACGAGUCCCUUUGCUCGAAGCGGCGCGCGGCACUCGCGUAGCCACGGCGACGGAUCGCUGAAAAACUGU